CAGUUCGGCUUGUGGCUUACAUGCCGACGAACGUGUCAAUUAGUUCAUCAUAAAUGGAUACGAACAAUUAAUCUAAGAUGUAUUUACGACAGGCGUUCAUAUUUUUGUGCGCUAUUUAUUUCUGUAAAGCUGGAUACGGUUACGGAGGUUAUGGACCUACUGUACAAUCGGACGUAGAAGCACCAUCUUACGUUCCAUCAUAUGCAAGAAACCAUCCGGGUGCAUACUCGUCGCAUGUCUACACCAAAAACGGAUAUACUGGCACCAAGACCGGUUACCAUGGCACUAAGAACGGUUACACUGGCACGAAAACCGGUUACGUACCUUGGUCGAACCCCGGAUAUGGGCAUUCCAGUACUGGGUUUACGCCCAUUGGUGGAUAUGCGGAGAGAAAAUCUUGGUUUUCUUCAGGAACUGCGCCAAGCUACGGUCAGUUUAACAACCAGGCGAGAGAUGUAUUCGAACCAAAAUGCGACAUUGAAUGCAAGAACAACGGCAUCUGCGUGGACACGAACUUGUGCAACUGCCCCGCCAACUUCUACGGCAAAUAUUGCGAGUUCGAGAAGAAACCUUGCCUCGCCUAUCCCCCUCUGCCCAUGAAUUCUCUCAGGAAAUGCUCUUCUGAGUUCUGUACGAUCACCUGUAUGGCCGGUCACAAGUUUAUCGAUGGCACGACUGUGGCCAACAUGCGCUGUGUCGGCGGCGAGUGGCAGCCGACACGGGCCGACUUCACCUCCAUCCCCGACUGCAUUCCAGAGUGCGACCCGCCUUGUCUCAAUGGAGGCGUCUGUUUGUCACUUAACACUUGUCAGUGCUCCGCGGCGUACAGAGGACCACAGUGUCAAUAUUCGGCAACCGCUUGCGACAUCCGCAAGCUGGCAUUCAACGGCGGCUACAACUGCUCGGGCGACGGCGAGCGGUUCUCCUGCUCGUUGAGCUGUCCUCCACAAGCUGGGUUUAGCUCCCCGCCCGCCGCCAUGUACACCUGCCUUUAUUCUACCGGUGUCUUUUUACCACAGCCCAUACCGCACUGUACCUUCAAUGAGGUGAUUAUAAUCACGCCUAGCAACCGACCCAGCGGUCCUCAUAGAGGUGAUGUUCCCGAUAACAAUGUUGCGAGUGAAAUUGAGUCUUUUAUCCACGAGUCUACAACCUUCGGCUCUGGCAAGUACAACCCUCCAGCGAACCAAAUAAUAGUCGUACAAGACUUGACGCCCAAAGGAGGGAGCUGUCUCACCUGGGCCGGGAUGCACUACAAGACAUUUGACGGAAAAAUAUACAGUUUCCAGUCGCCGUGCCAGCACAUUCUAGUGCGUGAUGCGGAAGAAGAUAAAUACACAGUUGCAGUGAGACAUCCAGAUUGCAAGAACUUUGCCUACUGCCCUUCAGAGCUGGUUGUUUAUAUCAACGAUAAAAUGUAUUCACUUAGUGUUGGAGAAGAAGGAGCUGUGAUGUUUCGUUCAACAAAACGCUUGAUUCCUAUGCCGGCCUCGUUGCCGGGCAUCCGCGUCUCUAUGCCCAGUGACCAAGUGUUCGUUAACCUCGACGCUUUGGGUGUUACUAUAAAAUGGGACACAAAUAACUUGAUUGUUAUCGAAGGUUCAGUCCUUCUAUGGAAUAAGACCAAAGGUCUCUGUGGGACAUUGGAUGGCAAUCCAGAGAACGACUUUUUGAUCAAAGAUGGCACGAUAGCGAGAACUAAAUCUAUGAUGGUCACUUCUUGGCAACUCAAUAAGAUCGGAGACGUUUGUGAAAGUAAUCCAUCAGAAAAUACUGCGUGCGCUUCUAAAACCGAUGCUGAUAUGAGAAAAGCUAUUCAGUUUUGCAAUAAAGUCUUUAGUAAAGAUAAGUUCCGGAAAUGCUCUAAGGUAAUGGAUGUAUCUCUUCUCCUGGAAGCCUGUCAAUGGGACUACUGCGCAUGCACAACUAGUUUAAGUCCAGAAGAAUGUGCUUGCAAAACAGUAUCCGUGUACGCGAAAGAAUGUCUUAGACAUGGAAUCGAGGAGAUGGUUUCUUGGAGAGACUCUGAGACGUGUCCUAUGCAGUGUCCUGAAGGCAAGGUUUAUAAAGCAUGCGGUCCCGAUGUGCAGCCCAGCUGUGCUUUCCCUCUAGCACCAUCAACUUCGGCCAAUAAUUCAUGUGUCGAAGGUUGUUUCUGCCCUGAAGGACUCUUAUUGGAAGGUGGACGGUGCAUCCCUAAAUCCGAAUGUCCUUGCAGAAUUAGAAAUCAAAGUUUUAAGCCCGGAACAGUGAUACCAAAGAGCUGUAAUACUUGCACUUGCCAAGCUGGAGAGUGGACUUGUACUCAAGUACCAUGCGGUGCGCGGUGCAGUGCAGUCGGCGACCCACAUUACACCACAUUCGAUGGGCUACGCUACGACUUUAUGGGGACAUGCACUUACACACUACUACAGACUGAUAAUGUUACCAUUGAAGUUGAAAACGUUGCUUGCUCAGGAUCAAUAACUGAGGCUAUGAACCUGGCGCCGUACAAAGGCGAAGGAAAGCCAUCGUGCACGAAAGCAGUUAGCAUAGUUUACAAGGGGGCCAACAUACACAUGAAGCAAGGCGGCUUCAUCCUCGUCAACGGUAAAGAAGUCUCCGCGCUGCCGGUCAAUGUCGGCGACAUCAGGAUCAGGGCUGCGUCUUCCUUAUUUGUCAUAGUUCAACUACCAAUCAAGGUAGACCUAUGGUGGGAUGGCAAUACUAGAGUGUUCGUAGAUGUUCCACCGGAAUUCCAUCAACACACAAAGGGUCUUUGCGGAACAUUCAAUUUGAAUCAAAAAGACGAUUUCCUGACACCCGAGGGAGACGUGGAACAAUCGGCUUUCGCAUUUGCCAACAAAUGGAAGACAAGGGAGUUCUGUAACGAUAUCGCCACCAAGGAACCAGAGAAUCCUUGCCAUGCCAAUGUAGAAAACAAAGAAGCUGCUGAGAAAUACUGCAGCAUAUUGAAGAGUGCAUUAUUUGAAUCUUGCCAUUGGUACGUGGAUGUGCAGCCAUACUACGAGAACUGCCUGUACGACAUGUGCGCGUGUAGCGGCGACGUGUCCCGCUGCCUGUGCCCUAUGCUCGGCGACUACGCCAUGGCGUGCGCGGCCAGCGGACAGCACGUGCAGUGGAGAUAUAACGUCAAAGAGUGCGAGCUAUCUUGCACCGGUGGCCAGGAGUACACAGUAUGUGCGGACAGCUGUUUGCGGACUUGUACAGACGUAGCCCUCACCGCUAAGAGCACGUGCAAGCCGACUUGCGUGGAGGGAUGCGCUUGUCCCACUGGACAGGUAUUGGACAGCAGCAACGUGUGUGUGCCCAUCGCACUGUGCCCCUGCUUCCACAAGGGUAUGGAGUUCAAGCCCGGAUACAAAGAAGUAAGGGCCGGCAGACGAGAGCGCGAACUUUGUACAUGCGUGGGUGCGAGAUGGGAUUGCACGCCGGCCACGACAGAGGAGAUCUUGCGAUACCCGCCCGCGGAGGACCUUCGUAGUAAUUGCAGCUCGUUGCAGCAUAGAGAGUUCACUACGUGUGAACUAGCGGAGCCACUUACCUGCAAGAAUAUGCAUCUACCUCCAAUGACUCGUGCGAGCGAGUGCCGGCCGGGCUGCCAGUGCAAGAAGGGCUUCGUGCUAGACACGGGGUCGGGCAAGUGCGUGCAGCCCACCAACUGCCCCUGCCAUCACGGUGGCAGGAGCUAUGCUGACGGAGAAAAGAUGCAAGAAGAAUGCAAUACAUGCGAGUGCAAAAGCGGCAGCUGGUCGUGCAGCGCGCGCGCUUGCUCUGGCGUUUGCAGCGCAUGGGGCGAUUCCCACCUCGCUACAUUCGACGGCACACACUACGACUUUGAAGGCGUUUGCACAUACCUCCUCGCUAAGGGAUCACUGGACGGACAAGAUGGCUUCAGUGUCGAGAUUCAGAACGUCCCGUGCGGAACAACUGGCGCUACCUGCUCCAAAUCGGUAACCCUCAGGGUGACCAACACCGACGGCAGCGAGGAGUCCAUCUCACUCUCACAGGGAGCACCAUUACCUGAUGCCACUAAUUUGAAGAGGAUAAAGCUACGUAUCGCGGGCGCGUACGUGUUCGCUGACGUGUCCAGCUUGGGCAUGAGCCUGCAGUGGGACCGCGAGCUACGCGUCUACGUCAAGGUCGACGCUAUGUGGCAAAACAGGGUGAAAGGUUUAUGCGGUAACUACAACUCGGACAUGCGCGACGACUUCCAAACGCCAUCUGGCGGAGGCUUCGCCGAAACAUCCGCUCUUAUAUUUGCCGACUCCUGGAAACUGAAGCCAACGUGUCCUAAGCCUCAAGAAGUAGCGGACCACUGCAAGCAACGACCACAGCGCAAAGAGUGGGCGACAGCCACUUGUGGAGCGCUGAAGCGGUUCCCAUUCUCGCUGUGCCACGCGGAGGUGCCGGUGGAGGCGCAUGUGCGCGCUUGCGAGGCGGACGCGUGCGCGUGCGACGCCGGUGAUGACUGCCGCUGCGCGUGCGCCGCCAUAGCUAACUACGCGCACGCUUGCGCCGCACGGGGAGUCACCUUUGACUGGCGCAAGCAGGACCUUUGCCCGAUGCAGUGCGACGCCAAGUGCAGUAACUACAACUCGUGCAUGUCACCCUGCCCGCCCGAGACUUGCGACAACAUGCUCGACUAUGAUAAAGUGAAGGCCGUCUGUGAGAAAGAGACUUGCAUAGAAGGUUGCCAGGCCAACAAGACGUGUCCCGAAGGCACGGUGUAUUCCAACAGCUCGCUGACAGAGUGUGUCCCGCGCGCCAAGUGCCGCCCCGUCUGCAUGACCCUGGAGGACGGCAGGGAGGUCCUUGAGGGUGACGUCAUAGAGGCGGAUGAUUGCCACACCUGCACGUGCUCCAAAAAGACCAAAGUCUGCUCCGGACAACCUUGCCCUACAACUGAUACAACACCGUCGGGUCCCCCUACAUCGCCGAAGCCGCACGACCAGCCGCUAGGCUGCGUCACCGGAUGGACGCCGUGGCUCAACAGAGGACCGGCGGAGAUCGCACCCGACGGUGCCUCCAUAGAAAACGAACCCCUGCCUCGACCCAACGAACUGGUGGUAGGCGCACCUAUGUGCAAGCCAGAUAUGAUGAAGAAGAUCGAAUGCCGCACCGUCGCAGAUCACAAAACUGCCAAGGAGACGGGGCUUAACGUGGAAUGUAGCCUGGAGCAGGGCCUGGUCUGUCGCGUACCAGAGGACGUCUGCCCUGACUUCGAGAUACGCGUAUAUUGCGAAUGUGAAGAGCCGUUCCGAUGCAUGAACAGCACUCACCCCAACCACCCGCACCCCAAGGAUUGCAGUAAGUUCUACGAGUGCACGCCCGAGGUGGGGACCACAAAGGAACCGCACGCCGUGCUCAAGCAGUGCGGAGAGGGUCUACUAUACAACCCUGUCACUAUGGUGUGCGACUGGCCCCAGGCCGUGUACGCAGUGAGACCGGAGUGCGAGCACCCAAUCACCACCACAGCUGCUACACCUGCAGCUGAAGAGACAGCGCCUACCGGGAUCACCGCCACCGAAUCUCCUAGAGUUCCGAAAAUUGUGACGUCCGAAUCAUUUGUUACAACUGCCUCUUCUACGAUAGCUACCCCUCCUUUACCGACAAGCCCCGUGUGCCCGCCAGGUCAUGUGUUCUCUUCCUGCGCGUACCCCUGCGACAACUUGUGCGAACACUUCCUGCUGACUUUACGGGAGAGAGGAGAAUGUCUACCGGGACAGAAAUGUGUAAAAGCCUGCAUCGACGAGUCGAUUGCAAAUGUAAAGUGCGAAUUCGGUUCGAAAUGGCGCGAUGACAAGACCUGUGUACCGAUCAAGGACUGCACUUGUUACGACGAAGGACAUAGAAUCAAGCCUGGCGGUGUUGUGGUCCACGGCUGCGAGAAAUGCCAGUGUCUCGACAACGCCUUACACUGUGAUACGACUGACUGUGUUUCCAUCUUCACUUCAGUUGGGCCUACACAUAUGACCUAUAUCCUCGAACCCAAAACCACUCCCGCUACAAUCUCCACCAUAGCACCGACCAAGCCCACUACAGUGACAAUUUCUUCCACUUGGACACCAACUACGGUUAAAGUCACGCCGACACCAACUCUUCCACCCAAAACAACAUUAUCUACCACAGAAGGAACAACUCACGCCCCUACGGAACCGUCUCUAGAAACUACUGUACCUACAACGGUAACGCCACUUAUUAUCAAAUCUACGAACACGCCACCACCAAGAUGUGAUCCUGCUAAGUACAAAAAUCUUUUAUGGCACGCGGAACCGUUACCGAAGUCUGCAUUCACCGCCAGCUCUUCAUCUAGUCCCUUGUAUGAACCACAACACGCAGAACUAAACGGUCGACCAUUAGAUAUAUCGGGUGCCAGCUGGACUCCAAAGACAAUGGAUACCAAUCAAUACAUACAAGUCGAGUUCCCUCACCGGGAGCCUGUCUACGGCGUGUUAAUGCAAGGCAGCCCCGUGUUCGAUCAUUACGUCACCAGCUAUGAAGUCAUGUAUGGCGAUGAUGGUAGCGUCUUCUCUACUGUCGAUGGUCCCGAUGGUAAACCCAAGGUCUUCCGAGGACCAGUUGAUAGCAACGAACCCCUGCAACAAAUGAUCGAGCCACCCAUCGAAGCGAAAUUCAUCCGCAUUCGACCGCUGACGUGGCACAAUGGUAUCGCAGUACGCUUGGAGCUCAUCGGUUGUGAGGAACCAAUUACUACCACGCCGACGCCUACCACCACAGUCACAACUCCCGAGCCAAUGCAGUGUACAGAUGCUAUGGGCUUAGACGCCGAACUACCUUUGGACAACAUUGAAGUGUCCUCUAACAAUGACGCGCGACCGUUCUUGAAGCUCGAUGGAGAAAGAGGAUGGCGUCCAACUUACAGUACUCCUGGACAAUGGAUCAAGUUCGACUUCAUGGCACCACGCAAUAUAACCGGCAUCAAGACCAAGGGCGGGGUUACAGGAUGGGUGACCGCGUACAACGUGCUGUUCUCAUGUAACUUGUCGCUGCCGUUCAGUCCAAUGGUAGACAUUCUCGGGGAUGUUAAGCAGUUCCCGGCCAACUUUGACAGCGACACCGUGGUGACAACCGAGUUCCGGCCUCCGAUACGCGCUCAAUACUUAAAGAUUGUGCCCAUCAAGUGGAACCGUAAUAUGGAGAUGAGAGUCGAGCCUAUCGGAUGUUUCGAACCUUACCCAAUGACAUCUCCCGCGCCAACGCCGACCGCUCCGAGCAGUAGCGGGUGCGAGAUGUGUCCGGGCGUGCGCCCGACCGCCUGCAAUUGCACAGAACUCCAGUACUUUGACGGCGAGGCCUGCGUUACGAGAGACCAAUGUCCAUGCGUCGAAGGAUUUAUGACGUACGCGGUCGGUUCUAUCUUCCGCGGCACAGAGUGCGACGAGUGCAUGUGCAAGCUGGGUGGCAUCACCGACUGCAAGCCCAUCAAGGAGUGCAAGUGUGGUCCGGAUAUGGUACCAAAAUUGUCAACGUCGACAUGCGAAUGCUCAUGCGAGGCGUGCCCCGACGGCACAAGGAUCUGCCCGACGAGCGCACUGUGCUUGCCGCUGGAGAAGUGGUGCGACGGCCUGCAGGACUGCGGCGACGACGAGCGCGAUUGUAUCACCAGUACCGCGAUUAAAACCACGGUCACAGAGCCCACGUUCAUCAGCACCGCCGUGCCUACUGCCGGUGCCACACCGCCUGCUACCACCACCACACAAACACCAUUACCUGUGAAAUGUCCCAAAGUGGAAUGCCCGCGUGGUUACUUUGUCCAAUAUACAACAAGCCGUCCUAAUUACAUAAGAUCGUCGACCUCUGACCUGCCGCCUCCAAGGCCAAGAUAUUCCUACCAGAGGUAUCAAACGGGAGCAAAGCAAUGGAACGGGAGGAAGUUCUCUAAGGGUGGAUUCUCCAAGACCGGAUUUUCGAAGGGCGGAUAUACACCUUUUGGUCGACCGAAGUUCCCGCAGCAAAAUCAAGCAUUCUCACUGGACAAGCCUGCGUUAACGAAAGACACCUCGUCUAAGGAAGUCUGCCCGCAAUUUAAGUGCAUUCCAAAACUUCCCCCACCGCCAAGACCAGGCUCCACCCUUCCGCCCCUCAUCUGUUCAGCCCCUCUCUGCCCGCAACACUACUCACUCAAAUUGGAAAGUGUGCCAACCGAAGUCCAUAAGUGUCCACAGUACGUGUGCGUGCCCCCUGUGGAGCGGCCGGUGUACUGCAAUGUAACGGGGCGAACCUUUAACACUUUCGACGGCGUCGAGUACAAGUACGACAUCUGCUUCCACAUCCUCGCUAGGGACAACCGUUUCGACGCCUGGACAGUUAUUGUCCGCAAGAAGUGCCGCCCCGAUGGUUGCGUGAAUCAUUUGAUGGUGCUCCAAGACGACCAGUUGAUCCUCGUGAAGCCAAAUCUGAUGAUAGAAUACAACAACUACGAGUACACAGUGGAGCAGACUCGGAAGAUUUGCUUCCAGAAGAACAGCUUCGAUGUCGACCGCCUUGGCAACGGCGUGUCUAUUAAAUCUAGGAAAUAUAAUUUCACCGUCUUGUAUUCUACUAAUGGUGAUAUCAAACUUGGGCUGCUUAAGACACAUUUGGGUGGCGUGGACGGUCUCUGCGGUGCUUACGAUGGUGACGCGAGCAACGACCGCCGCCUGCCCAGCGGCCAGCAGGCGGUCAGCAUCGACCAGUUCGGCAGGUCCUGGGCUAAGCCCGGUCUCAAGCCCGAUGCCUGCCAGCCCAAAGUUAUACCGCCCAAGGAACAAAAGAAAUGUUGGGACAUGUGCGACGUCCUUACGAAAGAACCGAUCUCUCAGUGCGCCAAGGUCCUUAACCUGGACAAAUGGCGGACCAUCUGCUUGGAGAAGGUGUGCGAGUGCGCUGAGCAAGUGGUGAAUGGCACCAAGCGCUCAGAGGAGGAGUGCAGGUGCAAGUUCGUGGAGCAGCUGGUGGCGGAGUGCCUCGCCGCCGACAAAGACCUCGACAUACAGAGCUGGAGAAUGAAUAUGAAUUGUCCGGCGGAGUGCGCUGCGCCGCUGGUGCACUACGACUGCUACCGGCGCCGCAGCGAGCCGACGUGUGCUGGUGCCGGCGCCGGCAGCAGCGGCAGCCAGCAGGAGGACGGCCUCUGCUUCCCCGGCUGCUACUGCCCGGAGGGACGUCUACGAAAGGGCGACCAGUGUAUCGCGCCCACUGAUUGCUUAGACUGUACUUGCCACGGUUUGGGAUCGCCCGCGAAGUAUGUAACGUUCGAAGGUGAUGACAUGCCUGUCCUCGGCAACUGCACUUACCUCGCCUCCAGAGACAGAAAUGAGACCGGACAUCACAAGUAUCAGGUUUACGUAACAAAUGAACCGUGUGCUGACAAUCAAGGUGUUGUUUGCACCAAAGCAAUCCAUUUGAUUUACGAAAAGAACAUUGUUCGCAUUGCCAAGGAGUCUUAUUCAAACAUGAUUCAAACAACUAUAAACGGCGAGCCCGUGUUCAAGUAUCCGCUGAAGAACGAAUGGGCUGAGAUAACUAAGGUUAACGGCGAAGACGUCACAAUCAAGCUACCCGACAUACAUGUGGAGUUGUCAGUGCUGCGAGCUAAGUUGGAAUUCUCAGUCCGCGUGCCGUCGUACCAGUACGCAAACCAGACGGAGGGUCUGUGCGGCGUUUGUAUGGGAUACCAGGAUAAACUCAUCACCAGCAACGGCACCGUCACUGAUGACUUUGAAUUGUACGGUAAGAGCUGGCAGGCAGAUAUAGACACCCUGUCGGACCUGAACGAGGCGGUGCUGAUGGUCUGCGGCGACUUCGUGCCCGAGCCUGUCUGCGAACCCCUGCCGCCGGAGCACAACCCCUGUCUCGUCCUUAACAACGUCGAGACCUUUGGAGAGUGUCACGCGUUGGUCGAUCCGGCGGAGUACAUAGCGCAGUGCGAGGAGGAGCUUUGCGCGUGGAACACGACAGAUGUCUGCCCCUCGCUGGAGACGUACGCCGCCGAGUGCCGCCGCCAGGGCGUCUGUCUGCAGUGGCGCAAUGAGGAACUCUGUCCAUACCCUUGUGAGAGCCCUAUGGUAUACCGAGAGUGCGUCGACUGCGAGCGUACCUGCGACAACAACGACAUUCUCGAGAAGAAUCCGGAGAAAUGCGAUACAUUCCCAGUCGCUGGCUGCUUCUGUCCCGAGGGAAAGGUCCGAGUGAACAACACGUGUAUAGAACCCAAUAAGUGCUUCCCUUGCGACGCCAAAAAAGAACAUUACACAGGCGAUGAGUGGCAAGAAGAUGCGUGCACUAAAUGCACGUGCAGCAAACUGGUGGAAUCUAACGAGGCGCACGUGUCGUGUGUUAAACAAACAUGCACCGUGUCAGUGUGUGGUGAACACGAGAACCUGGUCACCAAGCCCGCCAAACCCGGACAAUGCUGCCCAGAGUACAUGUGCGUACCGAAACCGAUUGAGAAACACUGCGAAGAACCAAAGAAGAUGGAGUGCGGAUUCGGUCAAGUGUUGAAACAGAAAGACACGCCCAGCGGAUGUAAAGAGUUUUCAUGCGAGUGCAAACCGGCGAGCGAGUGCGAAGCCAUUCCCCCGGACAGCGAGGUGGAAAUAAUGGAACCUGGCAUGGAGCGAGUGGUCGACAGCAGCGGCUGUUGCCCGCGCGUCCAGCUCGUCUGCCGCCGCGACUCUUGCCCCAAGCCGCCUGUAUGCCCGGAAUUCCAUAAACUCAACACUACUGAGCGACCCGGACAAUGCUGUCCAGAACACAAGUGCGUACUGCCCGAGGAUAAAUGCAUUGCUAAACUGGAGUGGGAGGCAGCGCCUAGAGGUGGGGAGAAGCCAAGGGAAGUGCUGCAAAGCGUGUUAAAGGACGUGGAUGCGGUGUGGCUGGACGGGCCGUGCCGUUCGUGCCGCUGCAGCGCGGAGUCCGCGGGCGCGGUGUCGCAGUGCAGCAUCACCGAAUGUCCGCCGCUGGCCACCAGCGAGGAGUUUGUGCUGGAGUCGGUGCCCGUGCCCUUCGAGUGCUGCCCGCGCACUGUGCAUGCCGCCUGCCGGUACCAACACCACGUAUACAAGGUCGGCGAGAACUGGACAUCGCCCGACAACCCCUGUGAGACAUACCAGUGUGUGAAAGUUGGCGAGGGACAACUCGACAGAGUCACUAAACAACAAUACUGCGACGAUGACUGUCAACCGGGUUGGGAGUACGUACCAGCUGAGGAGAACAGCGGUCAGUGCUGUGGCAAGUGCAAGCCGGUGGCGUGUGUGUGCGAGAACACACUGCACCCCAUCGGCCAAACCUGGGCCUCACCUGACUUCUGUACAAACUACACCUGCGUAGACCUUAAUGGAACCCUCCAAGUGCAGAGCGCGAACGAGACCUGUCCGAAGAUAUCAGAAGAGAUGCAGAAGCAGUUCGUGCUGACAGAGGAGAAGGUGCCCGGCAAGUGCUGCCCUAAGGUCGAGCCUGUCGCCUGUCGCGUCGAUGACAAGAUCUACCAGGUUGGUGAGAACUGGACGUCUGAGACUAACGCGUGUGAGUCGUACGAGUGUGCGCGCUCCGGAGACCGGCUGGAGCGACUCACCACCGUACACUACUGCCACGACGACUGCCAACCGGGCUGGGAGUACAUACCAUCGGCGAACAAGAGCGAGCAAUGUUGCGGCAAAUGUGAGCCGGUGGCUUGCGUGUGUGAAGGUCGUCUACACCCCAUUGGUGAGGUGUGGACCUCGGCCGACUUCUGCACCAAUUACACUUGUGUCAAUCUCAACGGAACACUACAAGUCCAAAGCUUCAACGAGACGUGUCCGGAAAUAAGUGAAUCUAUGGAAAAGCAGUUUGUCCUGACAAAAGAAAAGAUAGAAGGCAAAUGCUGUCCUAAAGUCAAACCUGUUGCUUGCCGGGUGAAUGAUAAAAUAUACGAGGUUGGACAAAACUGGACAUCGCCGACAGACGCAUGCGAGUCGUACCAGUGCUCACGCGCAGAGGACGGUAAACUGGAGAAGGUGACCACCGUGCAAAGCUGCGACGACGAUUGUCAACCGGGCUGGGAAUACGUACCUUCGGUGAACAAGAGCGAGCAAUGCUGCGGGCGGUGCAAGCCGGUGGCGUGCGUGAGCGAGGGCGUGCUGCGACUUAUCGGCGAGGUGUGGACCUCCAAGGACUUCUGCACAAACUACACCUGCGUUGAUCUCAACGGCACCCUACAAGUCCAAAGCUUCAAUGAGACAUGCCCAGAAAUAAGCGAGUCUAUGGAAAAGCAGUUUGUACUCACAAAACUUAAAGUGGAAGGAAAAUGUUGUCCGCAAAUUGAACCUGUCGCCUGUCGCGUUGCUGAUAAAAUAUACCAGGUCGGAGAAAACUGGACAUCGCCAACAGACGCAUGCGAGUCGUACCAGUGCGCGCGCGCAGAUGACGGCAAGCUGGAGAAGGUGACCACUGUGCAAAGUUGCGACGACGAUUGUCAACCAGGCUGGGAGUACGUACCUUCGGCGAACAAAAGCGAGCAAUGCUGCGGGCGAUGCAAGCCAGUAGCGUGCGUAUGCGAGGGCGUGCUGCGACUCAUUGGGGAAGUGUGGACCUCCAAGGACUUCUGCACAAACUACACCUGCGUGGAUCUCAACGGCACCUUACAAGUCCAGAGCGCCAACGAGACAUGUCCAGUAAUCAAGGAGGCUAUGUUGAAGCAGUUCGUAUACUCCGAGGAGAAGGUGGCGGGCAAGUGCUGCCCCAUCAGAGAGCCGGUCGCCUGCCGCGUUGGAGACAUUAUAUACCAGGAGGGACAAAGUUGGAUCACGACGGACCCGUGCGUGAACGCGACGUGCGCGCGCGACGCUGACGGACAACUGUCGCGCAAGGAGGCGACUGAAGGUUGCGUGCGCGACUGCCCGCGCGGCUGGCUGUACAAGGAGCCGCCGCCCGGCGUCUGCUGCGGCCGCUGCGUGCAGUACGCCUGCGUCGUCGACGACAAGCUCAGGAAACCUGGCGAAGUGUGGCAAUCGGGAGACAACUGUACGACGUUCUCUUGCGAGCGUGACGGCGACGAAUUCUAUACGACUUCGCUGCGUCGUCCCUGUCCAGACGUGUCCGCCUGCGCGCCCGAGGACCUCGUCAACGAGACCUGCUGCCAGGUCUGCAAGCUGACGCCGAGCCCACUCAGUACUUGCGUGCCUAAGUCGAUCCCGAGCUUGGAGACGUUGGGUCUAAUCCGUGUGCACAUGGGCCCGCACGGCUUCUGUGUUAACCGCGAGCCAGUGGCCGGCUUCCGCGAGUGCCGCGGCACCUGCGACUCUGGCACCUUGUACAACAACCAAACUGGUGCUCACGAUGCUAAGUGCGAGUGUUGCGCGGCUGUAAGGUACGAGCGACUGGUGGUUGGGCUGCAGUGCGAGGACGGCAGCCGGCGCGCGCACAGUGUGGCCUCGCCGCAGCGCUGCGCCUGUCAGCGCUGUGGGGGCGCCGCCAAAUGGACCCCCACCAAGACUGGCGUAAAAGGACCAAGAUAUACAUCAGUGCCACCUAGAUAUAAGCACAUCUUCGAGGACGAGGACUACAACAUUCCCGAUAUGUUCGCUAGGUUCGGGACCACGGGCCGACCACCGCCGAGACUCUAAACAUUACCGACUUUAUUAAACCGCAGAAUGUAAAACGUGUGCAAAGUAUACUCAAUCUUUCAAUUAUUAUGAAGUAAAACUAUAUAUUAUUAUUUAUUAAGAUUCCAAAGUUCAAAAGUACUCGCUUUAAACGUACUGUGGUUUAACGUGAUUGUAUCGAAUCCAAAGAUAAUGUAAGCUUACAAUUUUUUACUAUCUUUAUUUUUGUAAAUAAU